AAAAGAAACACAUCGUUUCAAAAUCACUUCUGUUUAAACACUUGCGAGAUAUGAAUGUUCACAACUGACAUCUCAAUGCAGCUUAUGAUUAUCGGAUAUGGAUUACAGUAGAUAUAAGUGGAUACAAGCAGCGAUCCUGCUGAUAUUUGCUGUUCAAGUUAUAUGCUUUUUACCAAGCAGAAACAUCGAUACAUUAUCUGAUACCAUAACCCACCUGGAAAUCACAAGAGAAGGCAUAUCGAAGGCAGUGGCCAAUUUUCUGAUUGAUCGUCGACUUGUGAAUGGGACCUUUUGGGAAUUUUACGAUGUCCUUGACGCUUAUUUUGGAUCAGAUACUGACCGCAAUGAAAAGUUCAACGAACGAAUAAAGGAUUUAACGGCACGUCUACAUUCAGUGCAGCGAAACAAGGGUGUAAUGGCUAUGUAUACUGUAAAUGGAGAACGUAUAGAAGAUGCGUUCAACCUAUUGAUAAGGCUGUCUGCACAGAUUCGCAUACUGACCUCUGUAGAGCCCUUCAGCACCGACAAACAGCAGAGCACGUUGAAUUUAUUGGCUGAGGCUUUAUUCGUUAUACAGUCGUUCUACAGCAAUACAAACUGGGUGGAAUCAAAUGGAGCUACGUUAUGUCCUGCAUUUGGCGGUAAUUCUAUACAAAUACCAACUGUUGCACGUUACAAUGAUCCCACAUGCAGUGACUGCGAUACGUCAUCAAGAGAAUGUCGAAACAACAUUAUCACCUCUUUUUUAACUAGCGGUUACAAACCUGGGCAGGAUGUAUCUUUACCGAGUUCAAGAAGUUUAACCGGUCUAAAAUGCGCACACGGUUGGAAUAAGGAAAGAGAACUAGCUGUUGGUGGUAUCAGUAAAGAAACCUCUGACGUCACUUCCUCUCCACAUGCACACCUCCAUUUCCAGGCUGCGGAAGCAUCAAUCUUAGCUACAGAAACAUAUCUGUACAAGAAUGGUGAAGGCAUUUUAAGCGACCUAACCGUGGAUAAUUUCAAACAGCUGAUGGACCUGAACUCUUUACAGGCAGUUUCCCGUGCUUCCUUAACUUUUGUGAUUGACGUCAGCGGUUCAAUGGGUAACGAUAUAAGGAAGGUGACAGAAGAGUGUAUCAGUCUAGUAACAGGUGUACAGGGAACAAACAAUGAACCAGCUAAUUACGUUCUUGCUACAUUUACCGAUCCAGAGGUGCUUACAACUGGAACAGUUGCUACCAGUGGGGAUGAAAUGAUCAAUCAGCUUCGUGACCUUAGUGUCACGGGUGGUGGAGAUUGUCCGGAAUAUGCAAUGUCUGGCAUAUUGAAAGGAAUAUUUCUAAGCCGGAGAGGAUCGACUUUAUACGUUUUUACCGAUGCUGACGCCAAGGACGGAAACAUAUUCAUGAAUGUGAUCAACGCCGCUAAUUCCAAAGACAUUACAGUAAACUUUCUUCUAACAGGGACCUGUGGUCGCCGUCACCGUCGUACAGCUAGAGUACGUCGUGAAGUAGGCGAUGCUUUUAGGAAGGUAGCAGAGGGGACAGGAGGACAGGUAUUCAUGACAUAUACUUCUGUCCUCACCAACACAUUGUCUAAAGUUAUAGCCGACGAAAUGCCCUCGUCCGGAAUAGUAGUACAGACAUUUCAUAUGUCCUUCAAUGACAGUGACCGAAAAGUCGUCAUAAUCGAUUCAACGAUGGACUUAUUUAAGCUUGAAAUCAGCGGUUCGGCAUCAGUCAAUGACGUUGAUGUGGAAGAUCCUACCGGUACCAUAUUACGAUACAAAGCUGGAGUUGCGUCGCGCCAUUACAGUGGUGGAAAGGUUAUCAUAUCUGUUCAGAAUCCUUUGCCUGGGAAUUGGACGAUUUUGCGGAAGAAAAAUCAAUUGCUGGCCGUUAACGUUACUGGAUCAUCUGUGUUUGACUUUAGUGUUCAGAUUACGGAGCUGGAUGAUGCAGGCAGUUCUUAUUUUGUCUAUGGGAGUCCAAUAUCAGGUAACAACUACACCAUAGCGUUACAACUUUACAAUUUAGAUGUUAAUUCGUCUGUCACAUCAAUGAUACUAGUAAAUCUAGCUGGAAACGAGAUUGAAAGAAUUAAAACAGUACUGCGUCAGACCGGAGUGGACAUGUAUGUUAUUGCUGACGUCAUCAUGCCCCCGGAAAGUUUCCGAGUUCAGUUAACGGGAGUUCUUCCUGAAGGAGACAGUUUCCAAAGGACCAAUCUGCAGGUUAUCUCCCCUGUCAAUGUUAAACUAAUACUGCUUCCAAACCUAGAUGAUUUUCCCCUUAAUGAGCCACAGAACAUCACCUACCAACUGAACAACCAUGGGUCGACUAAUCAGACAUUUGAGGUGGAUAUUAACACAGAGUCGGUUCGUCAACCGACUGUGACGUAUGACAUGAACCCUGGAGAGGUCAUAGAGGAUUAUUUUCAAAUAACAGGAUAUACACAUUAUGAAAUAACAACAUAUACCGUGUCUGUACGACAGUUGGGAUCCAGUAUUAUUCUACAAUCUCUCUCUGACACCGUUCUGUUUGUGAGUCCAGUUUGUGAGAUAAGCUAUAACGAAGGUGCGUGUCCCGAGUUGGUCGAUCCGCCAGCUACUUGUCGUUCGAUCACGUGGUUUAGUCGUGCAGUGCUCUCCCCGGAUGUGACAUCACUCGAGCUUUCAACUAACCAUUCGAGCGUCGAGAUUGUAACUGAUAACUCGACAGACGACGGAACUAACCUGAAGUAUAUCAAUGUCAGUGGCGAUUGCUGCACACCAUCGGUGUAUCUGUCUAAUAUAGGAUCUAACGGUCACGUGAUUGGUCAGUGCCAUUUCAACUUCGGCUCCUUUCCCACCAUCACCAAUGUCAGUAUCAUUUUAACGACCACAACGGCCACCAGUGAUAUGACAUCAACUGACAUAUCGAUCGAAUUGAAGAUUGGAUUAAUCGCGGUGUCAGUUGGUGCAGUAUUGAUCAUUUUGACUUAUCUUCUGUGGUGUGCUAAAACGGAGGAGUCAAAAAGCAAUGAUCCACAGAACAAGAAGACCCUUCAGCAAGAGCAAGACGUAUUGUUAUUGAAAUUUAUCCCACUGAAAACUGAAACGAAGUGAUACAAGAUGCGUUCAUUAUGUACAUCAUACACAUGCAGUUUGAUACUCCGUCAUGAAGUCGUUUGAAAAUGCAAAUGAUGACACGAAAACAAUGUCCACACUUUCAGUAGCAUAUACAUAUACUCUGUACAGUAGUUAUCAAAUACAGACCAGAAUUUUGAUCUGUCGAUAAGGUACUAUAGGAAAUCAUGGCUGCCUUUCUUGAAUAACUCUUCAGAUAAUCCGUUCAUAUAUAAUCAUUAUUUGUUAUGGUUUAAUACAUAAAAUCAUCAUAUAAUGCCAAGCAUAACAAUACUGCAUGAAUAAUAUACAAAACAUUCCAAAAUCGAGGAGUUAACUACUCUAAAAUUUUACAAAAAGAAAAGUCAUGACAAAUGAUUAUUUCCGUAAUAUUUUAUUGAAUUUUUCAUAAAUGACAUCGUGCUAUAUUAUUAUACUAUUUACACUACUCAUGUUCCA